UUCAAGCCUGCCCGGCCCCCGCUGGCGGCCCUUUGCCACUCGGGGGUCUCCUUCAGAGUUGAGGGGGGGAAGCGGGGGUGGGGGUGAGUUACGAGUAGGGAGAUUUCAGCGGAAUCAAGCUGGGACCUGAGAAGAAAGGGAGCCCCCGGGGAGGGGGCGGCCCCAGCCCGUCCGGCCCGCCCGCCCCGCCGCCCAUUGGCCCCGCGUGGCUAUAUUUGAGCGCGCGAGCGGCGCGGGCCACCGCCGUCCCAUCUGCCGUCCCCUCCGCUGCCCACCGCCCGCCGCCCGCGCCGUCCGCGCCCGCAGCAACAGCCGCCGCGCUCCCGCGCUCCGUUCCGCACAGGCCGUGCCCAGCUGGAAUGCAGAGAUCGCCGCCCGGCUUCGGCGCACACGACGAGCCGACCGCCCGCCGCGACUGCGCGUGGGCCCCGGGCUCCGGGGCCGCCGCCGAGCCGCGCGGCCUCCCCGCCGCCCCCGCCGCCCCUGCCGCGCCCCGCAGCCCGCCGCGCAGCCCGCCGCGCAGCCCCGAGUCGGGACGCUAUGGCCUCAGCCCUGCGGGCCGCGCAGAUCGCCAGGCGGCCGACGAGUCGCGCAUUCGCCGGCCCAUGAACGCCUUCAUGGUGUGGGCCAAGGACGAGCGCAAGCGGCUGGCGCAGCAGAACCCGGACCUGCACAACGCGGUGCUCAGCAAGAUGUUGGGCAAAGCGUGGAAGGAGCUGAACGCCGCCGAGAAGCGACCUUUCGUGGAGGAGGCGGAGCGGCUGCGUGUGCAGCACCUGCGUGAUCACCCCAACUACAAGUACCGGCCGCGCCGCAAGAAACAGGCGCGCAAGGCCAGGCGGCUGGAGCCGGGCCUCCUGCUCCCGGGGCUCGCACCUCCGGCGCCGGCGCCGGCGCCGCCUUCGGAGCCCUUCCCCACGGGCCCCGGUUCAACCCGCGCUUUCCGGGAGCUGCCGCCUCUGGGCGCCGAGUUUGAAGGCUUGGGGCUGCCAACGCCCGAGCGCUCGCCGCUGGACGGCCUGGAGCCCGGCGAGGCCGCCUUCUUCCCGCCGCCUGCAGCGCCCGAGGACUGUGCGCUGCGAGCCUUUCGUGCGCCUUACGCGCCUGCGGAGCUGUCCCGAGACCCCGGCGCCUGCUACGCCGCGCCCCUGGCCGACUCGCUCAGGACCGCGGCUCCCGGAGCAUCUCUCACUGGCCUUUACUACGGAGGCCUGGGCGCACCCGGCCCCUACCCCGGGCCGCUCUCGCCGCCGCCCGAGGCGCCGGCGCUGGAGGGCACCGAGCCGCUGGGCCCCGCAGCCGAUCUGUGGGCCGAUGUGGACCUCACUGAGUUCGACCAGUACCUCAACUGCAGCCGGACUCGGCCCGACGCCACCGGGCUUCCUUACCACGUGGCACUGGCCAAGUUGGGCCCCCGCGCCAUGUCCUGCCCGGAAGAGAGCGGCCUGAUUGCUGCGCUGUCGGACGCCAGCAGUGCUGUCUACUACAGCGCCUGCAUCUCAGGCUAGGGCAGCGCGGGGCACGGGCGGGUUCCCAGGGGCUGCUGCUCAAGCUCCUUA